AGAAGUGCCUAUUGCGUUUUAAAACCGGCGAAACCUUGAGAACCUUUUCACACACUCUUACAUGUUUAAUGAACAUGGUCUCUAACAUGGCCUCAUGCGGAUUCAAGUAACUUUUGUAUGAGGAAGUGGACGAACAUUUAAUGACCAGAAUGCUAAACACACAUUGGCUUGGAAACGCUGGCAACUUCUUCAUGCUGUUUCUUGUUACCAGUGCUAUAAGCAACCUUUCAUCCGAGGAAAUAAGCAACAGAUGCAAUAGUAAAACUGUGAUACCUGAAAUGGAAAUCUUCUCAAGUCCACCAAACCGCACAUUAAGAGUAGGUGCAGAUAUUAACUUGACUUGCAUAGCGUGGCCAAGGUAUGACCACCGGCUUUAUCCAAGGAGAUGGACCAAGUAUAUUCAGUGGUAUGAUCCUCAGGGCAGAUCAGUUGGAGCCAAAUGCCUGCAGGGUACAUCAAAAGUCAUAAAGCUACGCUGCACAUUAAUACUCAAGAGGUUGAUUAUGGAACAGUUUGGAAACUACACUUGUGAGGCUCAGAAUGAUUAUGAGGGAUACUGCAGGCAAAAAGUUGUCGAAAUUGAGCUGCAAGUUUUCCUGGUACCAGAGAUUGUGGAGGAUCCUAAGAACCAAACUGUUCAUGCUGAUUUACACGCAAUCUUUAACUGCGCCGCCAGAGGUCAUCUCAUGCCGUCUAUCACGUGGAUGAAGAAUGAUGACGCACUUGUUGUACACUCUAACCUACGGACUAAAGUAGCUAAGAUUUUCCUCGACGACAAGCAAAUUCAUAGCAAACUGGUAGUAAAGGGUAUAAAGAGGGAAGAUAAUAGAAAAUAUUACUGCUUUGCAAUUAAUAGUGGGGAAGAAGAACCAUCAAAGCCUGUAUUCUUGUCCACAAAGGAUCUAACCUCCCUGGGACCAGUGAUUCUCGAGGAUCAUAAGAACCAAACUGUUGAUGCUGGUUUCAACGCAACCUUUAACUGCGCUGCCAAAGUCCAUCCCAUGCCGUCUAUCACAUGGAUACAGAACGAUGACGCACUUGCUGUACAAUUGAACCUACGGAUUCAAGAAACUGACAUUUUCCUCGACGAUGAGCAAAUUUAUAGCUUGCUGAUAAUAAAGGAUGUAAAGAGGGAAUAUAAUGGAAAAUACUACUGCUUUUCAAAUAAUAAUAGAGAAAAAGCAUCAAAGCCGGCAUUCUUGUCCACAAAGGAUCUGGCCUCGCCAAUUAAGGAAAAGCAACGUUCUUUCUCCCUGAUUAUUGUGCUAGGUGUGUGUGGUGGCACAAUAUUCGCACUCAUGUGUGGAUGGCGUUUUUGUGUCGACGCGCAAGAAGAAAUCACGAGGCAUUUCGAUCGCCAGGGCAUUUGUGACGAUGGCAACGAAGGUGUGGAAGAGAUUUAUGUGGCCUGCAUAGACAACAAAGAUUUGGCUGAGGUGAUAAUGAAAGAUAUGAAUGCUGAUACUGAAGAAAAGGCGCUUUUGGAGGAAAAUGCUCUUAUUCCGUUGCUAGAUGUUGAAAAUGACAAUACUGAUACGCAGCUAAACAAAAAAACGCACACGCAUGACGACGGGAGUGUUGAUUCGAUACCGAGAGUAUCAUCGAAAGGGGAAAGGACUCCGACUCCACUAGAUGUCGGAGAUAAACAUUUCCCAAAUUCCAUCUUUGAUCAAAAAGGCUAUGCAGAAGAGUUGUUUAACUCACGAAAUGGUCACCAAAGUGCCGAAGAAGGCUGUAGUCACUGUGAUGUCAACAUUAUUUCGUAUCAAGACAGUGGGAUGGAAAGUGACAAAGAUAGCGACGAAAUACAAACAUCUCUCUUCAUUGAGAUAGAGGAGAGCGAAAAAGACCGAGGUACUCUCGAAGUACUCGAUGAAGUACUAGGUGAAGGAGAAUAUGGAAUCGUUUACAAAGGUCGCUAUGGUGAAAGGAAUGGCAGCACUACUGAUGUUGCAGUAAAGAAGUUGAAAGGUAAUGCAUGCACACUUGCGAAAGCCGCGUUACUGAAUGAGAUAAGAACGUUGAAACAGGCUGGACGACAUCCCAACAUUGUCAACCUAAUUGGAACAUGGGUUCAAGGAGAGACAAUUCUUGUCGUCACCGAAUUGGUCCAUGGUGGUAGCCUUGAAAGCUUUUUGAGGUGCAAGGGUGACGGAAGUAACGAAUAUGCGAAUGUGCACUGUAAGCUGAAUGACAGACAGCUGCUCAAAAUUGCUCUACAGGUGGCCCUCGGAAUGAACCAUUUAGAAGAGCAGAAGUGCAUUCACCGCGACCUUGCCGCGAGAAAUGUUUUUAUCGAUCUAAACAUGGUGGCAAAAGUCGGAGACUUUGGAUUAGCAAGGGAAAUCACAAAGGAUAGAUUAUACAUGAAAACCUCAUGCGCUAAAGUUCCAUGGAGAUGGUCGUCUUUAGAAUCUCUGCGAGAUCGCGUUUAUACAUCCAAAAGGGGUUUUGUGUGGUCGUUUGGCAUACUACUUUGGGAAAUGGCAACUUAUGGUGACUCACCAUAUCCUGCUCUUAAAAUCAUAGGAUCUUGGUCACAAUCAUAUAAUUAUGGAAUCUGUAAAAUCGUGUAG